AUGCCCAAAGUUGUAGAUCUUACCGUUACUCCAGAUGGCGAGUAUCUUAUUAGCAUAUUCUUGGAUAAAGAAAUUCGGAUUUUACAUUUGGGAACCAAUGCGGAACGAGUCAUUUCAGAGAAGCACCCUAUCACAUCCAUUUCAGUUUCUGGAGAUGGUAAGUUCUUCAUUGUCAAUCUAAACAGCCAGGAGAUCCAUAUGUGGGACGUAGCCGGUACAUGGAAGAAGCCAAUGAAGUAUACGGGUCACAAGCAGUGCAAAUAUGUGAUUAGAUCGUGUUUUGGUGGAUUGAAUAGCACAUUUAUUGCAAGUGGUAGUGAAAAUUCAGAGGUAUACAUUUGGAAUACUCGGAGUUCAAAGCCGAUAGAGGUUUUAUCUGGGCACACCCUGACUGUAAAUUGUGUGAGCUGGAAUCCUAAAAGGCCACAAAUGUUAGCAUCUGCAAGUGAUGACCAUACAAUUCGUAUAUGGGGACCAAGCUUAUAA